AUGAACUCGAAUUAAACGAAUAAUCAAAAGAAGCCUAAACCAAAAUUGUAAUUAAAUGUGAAUGUAGUUGAUGUACAACCUGAGAGCACUCAUUCUUCAGAUGGAUGGAAAUAAUAAAGUGAUAUAUUUUUCAAUGAACCUAUGUAAUUUUAUGUUUAUUAUAGUAAGUGAUUAGUCCCUAUAAUUUUUACAUAAUGGUAAAACAGUUGCAGAUGUAGCCUAAUUGAAAUGUGGCAGGAAAUAUUAAGAAGAUAGAGUACUUUCAUCUCUUAAUAUAAGUUUGUUGCAAUUCCUAAUCUAAAUUUAAACUAAGAAAAAUAAUUCUUUUAUGCUAUAUAUGAUGGACAUGCAGGACAUUCAGUUUCAGCUAUUCUUGAAAAUAAGCUUCAUGAAUAUUUAUAGAAGGAUUGCAAUUUUGAAGAUAAUCUAGAGAAGGCCAUUAUAAAUAGUUUUGAGAAAAUGAAUCAAUACAUAUUAGAUUGUCAAGAGGAGAAUUAACAUUUAGGUGGAUCAACAGCUCUUUGUGUAAUAAAUAAACAUAAAGACCUUUAUGUUGUAAAUCUUGGAGAUUCAGCAUGUGUUUUGAUAACAGAUUAAUAUCAGAUAGAGAAGUUAAAUUUGGAACACAAAUUGAAUAGGGAAGAUGAAUUUAAAAGAGUAGAAUAGAUAGCAACAAUUUUGGAUAGACAGUGAGAUUUAUUUAAUAAUGUAGUUCUAUUCCAAGAAUAAAUGGAGAACUGGCUGUAACUAGGGCUUUUGGAGAUAAAAAACAUAGAUAAUCUGGUCUUAUUGCAAUUCCUGAAAUAAAGGUACAUAAAAUUUAGGAUAAUGAUAAAUAUUUGAUUUUGGCUUCUGAUGGGUUUUGGGAUGUAUAAAGAAAAUGAUAUAUAAUUUUAGUUAAUAAAAAAUGAGGAAUUAUAGAAUUUGAUUGAAAAUUGGAAUAGGAAAGAGAUUGAUUAAUUAGCCUAAUAUCUUCUUGACAAGGCAUCAUCUAAAAAUACAAAUUAUAAAAAAGAUAAUAUGACUUUAAUUGUAAUAGAUAUUCAAUCUUAUUGGAAAUGA